UUUUCGUAUUUGCUGGCAGAUGUAAGUAUGUUAUUGUUGUGGUUUCUAAGACCUGGAAUAUUUUAGCUCUCUGUUUCUACGUUACAUAGGAUAGGAACCUUUGGACCAUUGAAUUUCAGCAUUUUGAUGCUUAUGUUGAUGCUAAACUUGUCUCGCAGCUAUUCUAUUUAAGUGCCAUCCUCACUGUGUUUUUUUGCGGGAUUGUGAUGUCCCACUACACCUGGCACAAUGUCACUGAAAGUUCGAGAAUCACUGCUAAGCAUGCUUUUGCGACAUUGUCAUUUGUUGCUGAGAUAUUUAUUUUUCUCUACGUUGGCAUGGAUGCUUUGGACAUUGAAAAGUGGAGUGUUGUUAGUGACAGCCCUGGAACAUCAGUUUGGGUGAGCUCAAUUCUGUUGGGACUGGUUUUGGUUGGAAGAGGAGCCUUUGUUUUCCCAUUGUCAUUUUUGUCCAACUUGACGAAGAAGUCUCCUCACGAGAAAAUUUAUCUGAAGCAGCAAGUUACAAUAUGGUGGGCUGGUCUAAUGCGAGGUUCUGUUUCUAUGGCUCUUGCUUAUAAUCAGUUUACAAAGUAUGGCCAUACCAAACUACGUGGGAAUUCGAUGAUGGUCACCAGUACCAUCACAGUUGUUCUCUUCAGCACAGUGGUGUUUGGAUUGAUGACUAAACCUCUGGUGAGGCUCUUGCUGCCCACGCCAAAACACUUGAGCAUCAUGGUUUCCUCCGAACCAGUUACUCCUAAAUCCUUCACCGUGCCACUUCUUACCCAUGGGCAGGAUUCAGAAGCCGACCUCAGCAGUCACAGCGUGCCCCGUCCAACCAGCUUGCGGAUGCUUCUGUCAAAACCAACUCACACCGUUCACCAUUAUUGGAGAAAAUUCGACAAUGCAUUUAUGCGUCCGGUUUUUGGUGGCCGGGGUUUUGUACCAUAUGUUCCUGCCUCGCCAACUGAUCUUAGUGUUCAUCAAUGGCACUGAGAAGGGAACCAUACAGCAUCAGUUAACUUUUGGUGAGACGUGUAAUCAGAUCUAUGUUUUGAGGUUUUGUUGUUAAUAUUACAGAGGUUUUUUGUGUGAGAUUGAAUGGGGGUUCUUUGACAUGGUUUUGAUUGAGAGAAGGAUUUAGUGUGACGGAAAGAUUGUUUCAUUGUGACUUGAGUACCGUAGAUUCGAGUCACGAACAAGUAGGGAUAGGGUUGACGUAAGUCUUGUGCAUUGUUUUUUGUGGUCUCAGUUUUCUGAUUGGGUUGGUCAGUCAUCGACCCAAGAGCUUGUACAUGAGUAUUCCAUGAGGUUUUCUCCCUGACAGCAAUUUUGAACACCAAAUCGGUGUGUAAUUUUGUAAAACAUUGUCAAUAAAUCUCAACUUCUAUAUAUGGGUUUCCAG